AUGUGCUGUGCUCCCUGUUGUUGCCGCUGCCGCGACGCCUGCCCUCUGCCGCUGGAGCCACUGCGUCCGGCGACCAUCCGUUAUGGCUGUCCCGGUCCCAAGUGCUCGCUGUGCAGCCAUCGCAACACGGAGAACGAGUGCCGCUGCAGCUGCCAGCGGAACAAGCACAUCCUGGAGGCGCUGAGCUGCCUGUUCCGCGUCAGCCGCUUCCAGAUGCUGACCACCCUGUUCCAGUUGGCCUACCACGAGAGCAGGCCGCUCCCUCGCUUUCCGCGCGAUCGCAUCUGGUCGGUGAUGGAGCACGUGAAGGCGCCCUACUCGGAGCUGCACGAUCUGAAGAUCUACGACAGCCUCUUCGAUCGCUGCGGCCAGCCCAUCGAUCCGCUGGACCGGUCGAAUGCCUACAAGCUGCUGCGCCUGAUCUUCCUUGGCCCUGUGCUAAUUCCCGAGCAGCGCACCCAACUACUGGCCAUGCUGGAGCGGCUCAACGAGCGGGCCGCCUGUCCCGUGGAUCUGAAUGGCCUGCUGUUGGCUUUGCAGCUUGUCCAGCUGGAUGAACUGGUGUGCGGCAUUUUGGAGCAGGAGGGACGCAUCAGGCGCUUCUAUAGCGCCAGGCAGUGCGGAGAACUGUGCCGGCUGUACCACAAGGUGGCGGCCACGGACAAGAAUGCGGUGAUCCACAGGCGGCGACGGCCCAAGUCGAAGAUCAAGGGCAAGGAUGCGGAUGCGCAGAAGAAGCCGCUGCGCAGAACGAUCACUCCGCAGAUCUACUGCACGCGUCGGGUGCCGGAACCCGAGGAACCUGCCGCGAGAACCGAGAGCGGCUCACCAGUCAUCCGCAGCACCGCCAGCUCCCUGCGACGCAGCUCCAAUCCCAAGAAGACGGGCGGUGCUUCGGAGAAGGGUUCGCGCCGCGAGUCGCGCAACUCCACGGGAUCGCCCAAGAAGAAGGGAGGCCCGGAGGCGGGCGUCAGGAUGCAGGGAGGCGACCGACAAAGGAACCAGUCGAGUCUGUAG